AAGCCGAGGUGCCCCGGGUGAUCUUGUCUGACAGGCGGUUUCCUGAGUCCAUGAAGAGUCAGAGCCGCCAGGGUCGCUCCUGGGCACGAGAGCUGGUCGGUGUCGGCCUGGAGUUUCCUGGUCAGCCCUCGCUGGGCGUUGCGUUCAACUGGAUGAACGGCAGAAAAUUGGGGGAAUCCCGUGCGUGGAUGAACCCUCGCUAACCAGCCGACCGAACCAGGAAAGGGCUACCUGAAUUUGUGAGUGUUAGAAAGCGAAGAAAGAAGAGCUCACGAUGGUGGAUCAGUAGUGUCAUUUUUGGCUGUUUCUGGUGGUCUAGUCUCAGAAAUCACAUCUCUAGUUUGCACAGUGAUUCCCUUCUGAGCCCCGUGGUACCCAGUUGCCUCCAGGCCUUAGACUCCUUUGUGGACAUGAAAGUCUUACAGAGGAAAUGAUAAUUCUCCAGUUGUUCCCAGAGGUGUCCAUUUACUGCCCAUGGAGAUUCAGUUCAAUUGUGAUUCUCAACAACACCUUCUUUCAGAUAUUGAGACUAAGAUCAAAAUUGGAGAACCAGCUUCAAAGGAAGAAAUCACAGCAAAAAUUGAACCAUUGACUGAAGGUUUUGGUAACCCCAAAGAGGCUGUUCUCCAGGACUCUGAAGGCAGAAAAUUCUGUGAAUUUGGGGAUAAAUUGAAUAAAAAGGAUGAGACCCUCUUUAAUAGAAGACAGUAUAACUGUGAGGAAUGUGGACAAAGCUUUGCUUGGAAUAUAGACCUUAUUCAGCACCAGAGAACCCACUGGGAAAAACCCUAUGAAUGUGAUAAAUGUGGAAAGGCCUUUCAAAUGAGUUCGGCUCUGGUUAUGCAUCAGAGAAUUCAUACUGGGGAGAAACCCUAUCCUUGUAAUUGGUGUGUUAAAAGUUUCAGUCGGAGUUCAGACUUUAUUAAACAUCAAAGAGUUCACACUGGUGAAAAACCUUAUAAAUGUGAUAAAUGUGGGAAAGCCUUCAGUCAGAGCUCAGAUCUUAUUAUACAUCAGAGAAUUCAUACAGGAGAAAAACCUUAUCAAUGCAAUCAUUGUAAUAAAAGUUUUAGCCAGCGCUCAGACCUGGUUAAACAUCAAAGAAUUCACACUGGAGAGAAGCCUUAUACAUGUAACCAGUGUAAUAAACAGUUUAGUCAAAGUUCUGAUGUUAUAAAACAUCAAAGAAUCCACACUGGGGAGAAACCAUAUAAGUGUGAUAUAUGUGGGAAAGCCUUCAGUCAGAGCUCAGAUCUUAUUAUACAUCAGAGAAUUCAUACAGGAGAAAAACCUUAUCAAUGCAAUCAUUGUAAUAAAAGUUUUAGCCAGCGCUCAGACCUGGUUAAACAUCAAAGAAUUCACACUGGAGAGAAGCCUUAUACAUGUAACCAGUGUAAUAAACAGUUUAGUCAAAGUUCUGAUGUUAUAAAACAUCAAAGAAUCCACACUGGGGAGAAACCAUAUAAGUGUGAUGUAUGUGGGAAAGCCUUCAGUCAGAGCUCAGACCUUAUUCUACAUCAGAGAAUCCACACUGGGGAGAAGCCAUAUCCAUGUAAUCAAUGUAGCAAAAGUUUCAGUCAGAAUUCAGACCUUAUUAAACAUCGAAGGAUCCAUACUGGAGAGAAGCCCUAUAAGUGUAAUGAGUGUGGAAAGGCUUUUAAUCAAAGCUCAGUCCUUAUUCUGCAUCAAAGAAUUCAUACUGGAGAGAAACCCUAUCCAUGUAACCAGUGCAGCAAAACUUUCAGUAGGCUUUCAGAUCUUAUUAACCAUCAACGAAUUCACACUGGAGAGAAGCCUUAUCCUUGUAAUCAGUGCAAUAAAAUGUUUAGUCGAAGAUCAGAUCUCGUUAAACAUCAUAGAACUCAUACAGGUGAGAAACCCUAUGAGUGUGAUGAGUGUGGGAAAACCUUUAGUCAGAGCUCCAACCUUAUUCUCCAUCAGAGAAUCCACACUGGAGAGAAACCUUAUCCAUGUAGUGAUUGCACUAAAAGUUUUAGUCGCCGUUCAGAUCUCGUAAAGCAUCAAAGAAUACACACUGGAGAGAAACCAUAUGCUUGUAUUUUGUGCAAUAAAAGUUUUAGUCAAAGUUCAGACCUCACUAAACAUCAGAGAGUACACUCUGGUGAAAAACCCUAUCAUUGUGGUAGUUGUGAGAAAGCCUUCAGUCAGAGUUCUGACCUUAUUCUUCAUCAGCGAAUUCACACUGGAGAAAAACCAUAUCCAUGCACACAGUGCAGCCGAAGUUUUUGUCAGAACUCAGACCUUAUCAAACACCAAAGAAUCCAUACUGGGGAAAGACCUUAUAAAUGUAAUGAGUGUGGGAAGACUUUCAGUCAGUGCUCAGCUGUAAUCCUGCAUCAGAGAAUCCACACUGGGGAGAAGCCAUAUCCAUGUGACCAAUGUCGCAGAAACUUUAGUCGUAGCUCUGAUCUCAUUAACCAUCAAAGAAUCCACACUGGUGGAAAGCCAUAUAAAUGUGAUGCAUGUGGGAAAACCUUCAGUAUGUGCACACAUCUAAUGGAUCACCAAAGGAUCCACACUAAGGAGAAACUGUACCAGUGUGUUCAGUGCAGCAUAAGUUUUAGCCAGUUCUCUGAUCUUAUUCAUCAUGAUAAACUCCAUUCUGGGGAAGAUAAUCUAAAUAUGAUGAAUGUGGGGAAAUCUUUAUACGCCAACUUUAUUUAGUUCCAGAGACACCAUACCAGAACAAAAAUCUUAUGAAUUUAAUUGAUGACCAGAAAAGGUUUUAGUCAGUGUUUAGCUCUUAUGCUUAACUUUAAAACAAAAUCCACUAGAGAGAAAACUAAUUCGCUUUUUAAAAUGAAAAUUUAAUUUGCACCCCAGACAUGACUAAAAUUAAGAACUUUGCGGAAGAGUUCUGAGAAUUGUGGGAAACCCUUUAGUACGAAUAAAUUUUUUACCAGUUGUUAGCAACAAUAGAAAGAAAUUCUGUCUUUGCUAUUAUGUAAGAAAAGCUCUGGUCUUUUAUUAAGACAUAAUCCACAAGAGUUGUAUCAUUGUAAGAAAUAUGUAACAACAUUAAUGUAGAAGUCAUCAAAUAUUUUAAAAUUCAGUGUGAAGAGAUAUUUAAUCAAAACCAAAAGGAAAUGUAUUACUUUUAGAAUCUCAAAACUUAAGUGAGUCCAUAUUGCCAAUGGCAUAUAAAAAGUUAUUUUAGAUAAUGUGAAGAAAACUUAAAUCCCCUCCAUAUCUAAAUUGGCAUUUAUUCUGAUACCUGACAGCUAAAGAGUCCUACCUUAUGCUCAUGCUAGGUAUCUAUGAAGUCCUUGUGUGUGAACACACUAUGCUAUUGUGGUAUCAAACUUACUAACUAGAUAAUACUAGUGCCCCCUUUUCUGAAAAGAUUUUUGACUUGGUUUGGUUUGGUUUGGUUUGUUUUUCCUAGCGAGCAUGAGCUUGUGCAAGUUCCUAUGGUGUAUACAACAAAUGCUGAUUCAUUUCACUAUCAG